UUCGCCGACGUGGAGGCCGCCUUCUACUCCAUCGUGGGCCUCGCCAGCCUGGGUGUGCGGGUGGCAGACGAAAAGGCUGCCUGCAAUUUCAUCAAGUCUCAUGUGGACUCCAGCAGCGUCGAUUCCCUCUUCUAUGCUGCACAAUCCAUUCGGGUCCUGGCUGGCUGUGAGGUUACCAUUUCAAAUGAGACCAGGGAGCUGCUGCUUGCAGCUGUCAGUGAGGAUUCCUCAGUCACCCAGAUCUUCCACGCCGUUGGGGCCCUGAGUGGCUUUGGCCUUCCUUUAGCAUCUCAAGAAGCACUUAGUGCUCUUACUGCUCGUCUUAGCAAAGAGGAAAAUGUGCUGGCAACCAUCCAGGCUUUGGAGACGGCAUCUUACUUGUCCCAACAGGCAGAUCUAAGUGGCAUUGUUGAGGAGAUAGAGGAUCUUGUUGCUCGCCUGGAUGACUUGGGUGGAGUUUAUCUGCAGUUUGAAGAGGGAAUUGAGACUACUGCACUGUUUGUGGCUGCUGCCUAUAAACUGUCGGACCAUGUGGGUACGGAGCCAGCAAUGAAGGAGGAUCAAAUCAUCCAGCUGAUGAAUGCAAUUUUUAGCAAGAAGAACUUUGAGACCCUCUCGGAGGCUUUCAGUGUUGCUUGUGCUGCAGGUUCCUUAUCUCGGAACCGCUACCACUUGCCUGUCAUUGUCAUCCCUGAUGGGCCUGCAGCUGUGUCUCACCAUCAGCCUGUACUCAGGCUACAAGUGACUGAUGUUAUGUCCCAGCCACUGACUCAAGCUUCUGUAAAACUCGAGUACGCCAAGUCUGCAUCUAGCAAAGCCACUGUCCUUCAACAGACAGCAUUUGCUCUGUCAGGAGAUGUCUUUGAGCUGAACUUCAUGAAUGUGAAACCUGCAAGUGGAUAUUAUGAUUUCUCUAUCAGUGUCGAUGGAGAUAAACGAUUUAUUGCUAACAAGGUUGAGCUGAAAGUAAAAGUUUCCACAGAAGUUGGGAUUACUAAUGUGGAUCUUUCUACCGUGGAUAAAGAUCAGAGCAUUGCACCAAAAACAACCAGGGUAGCUUACCCAGCCAAAGCCAAGGGCUCAUUCACUGCUGACAGCCACCAGAAUUUUGCUUUAUCCUUCCAGCUGAUGGACGUGAACAGCGGAGCUGAACUCAUCCCUCACCAGACUUUUGUCCGACUUCACAACCAAAAGACUGGCCAGGAGGUGGUGUUUGUGGCAGAACCAGAUAGCAAGAACGUUUACAAGUUUGAACUGGAUACCUCUGAAAGAAAGACUGAAUUCGACUCUGCCUCUGGUACCUACACUCUUUACUUGAUAAUUGGAGAUGCCACGCUGGAAAAUCCAAUCCUGUGGAAUGUGGCUGAUGUUGUGAUCACAUUCCCAGAAGAGGAUGCACCAUCCACAGUCCAGUCUAAGAACCUCUUUGUUCCCAAACCUGAAAUCCAGCACCUCUUCAGGGAGCCUGAGAAGAGGCCUCCCACCGUGGUAUCGAACACUUUCACAGCAUUGAUUCUGUCCCCACUGCUUUUGCUGCUCAUUCUGUGGAUAAAGAUAGGUGCCAACAUCUCCAACUUCAGCUUUGCUCCCAGCACCAUUGUUUUUCACAUGGGACAUGCCGCAAUGUUGGGACUCAUGUAUGUCUACUGGACUCAGCUCAACAUGUUCCAGACUCUGAAGUACUUGGCCAUCUUGGGUGGUGUCACAUUCCUGGCAGGCAACAGGAUGCUGGCUCAGAAAGCAGUAAAACGGAUCGCUGCAGAGCAGAGCAGUAGGUUGGCAAAGUAUAGAACGCUGCGGUAAAAGGGGGUUUUGCUAGUGACCAGCUCUUCUAGAAGACACACUAGUCCCAGAAGAAUGGAAGAAAUGUGGAAAAA